UAGUCCUGACACUUGGGGUUUUGCAGGACAGGUGCAGCGAAUGCGUGUUGACGUCGGGGAGAAAAGAAGCCUGCAUCAGCAAAUUGACAGAGUCCUGCAUUCGACUCAAUUAAAAUCAACAUAUCCUGCAAGUAAACCUUUACCAUGUUGACGACUGUUGGGAAGACUUGUAUAGGCCUUCUUCGCCCUAGUCGUCUCGGCAGACUCCUCGCCACAUCAAAUGCCGCCGUGUCAUCAUACCACCCCAAACUACAGACUGUUUCAGGCGUUCGUGGUAACUUUGCCACAUACAGCUCCAUAACAGAUCAUAACGCCACCAAGGCUGAGUUCAGAACCAUCAACAGUGUCAUACCGACCAAGGCCACUGAUGCCGGCAAGAAGGCAUCGCUUGUUAUUUUCGACAAAGAUGGCACCUUGAUAUGCUGCCAAGCAAUGUGGGCCCCCUGGUCGAGGAAAAUAGCAUCUACAUUGGAGGAAGCCACCGGACUAGACAUCAAAGAGAAAGUAUAUAAAACUAUUGGGUUCAGUAACUCAACCGACCGAGUAAUCUCCGGUUUGCUGGCGGAGGCUACCGAUAAGAUGGUCCAGGAUGCUGUAAUUGAACUUCUUAAGCAGGAAGGAGUGGAUGAGGCCAAAGGCCAUGCCCUUGUGCACAGUAUAUGGGAGGAUGGACACGGUAUUUAUGAAACUAAACCUCUAGCAGACUUAAAGACUUUAUUUAAGAUAUUGAAAAGCCAUAAUAUUAAGAUUGCUGUUUGCACCUCUGACAGCAGAAAAGGAACUGAGAACGUUCUGGAAGAUUUAGGAAUCCGUGGCUUUGUUGAUCUUAUAGCGUGUGGCGAUGACCCAACCAACGUUCCUAAACCUGAUGCAUAUAAUGCUAAGAUGAUCUGUGAAAAGUUGGAUGUGAGCCCUGAGAAUACUGUGAUGAUCGGAGACACCAAGGCUGAUGCGGGUAUGGGAAAGGCAGCACAGUUAGGUUGGAACAUUGGGGUACUGAGUGGUGUAGGGCAGACGGAUGAUUUAUACCCUGCGGCCAGUCAUGUGAUCGAGAGUGUACAGGACAUGCUACCUCUUAUCCUACCAGAGGAUCAAUGGAGAGAAUGUUACGCCUACUCCAAUGACCAUAGGAUCCUGAUCGAACCGUACUCUCUCGAGGUUUCUGAUUCAGAUGAGCUUGCUAGUGCUGAGAACCGUGUACCAAAUGUUCAGCUGAUCAUUUUAGAUCUCCAUGGUACUAUUAUUUGUGCCCACAGCAGGUACGCCAACUGGAUGGACCAGAUGUGUACAAGGCUGGAAGAAACCACAGGUCUUUGUGAUCUGAAGUCAGAAAUUCACCAGACGCUGGGGAUAUGUGAAAAAACAGGUAAAAUAAAGGAUGGCCUGUUGAAUGAACACGGGACCACAAAUAUGGAGGUGAGGUCAGCGCUGGUAGAGAUAAUCCAUAAACACUUUACAUAUGAGGAGUCCCUGAUGGUUGUCAACAAAGUCUGGCAGGAGUGUGAAUCUGCUCUUCUGACCGAACCGAAAUCUCUUCACAAAGACAUCAAAAAGUUCUUCAAAACAUUAAAGAGGAAAGGAAUCAAAAUAGCAAUAUGUACCGGAGAUAAACGAGAGCAUGCGCUAUCUGACUUGAAAAAUAUUGGUGUGUUGAAAUAUGUUGACAUGAUGAUCUGUGGAGACGACCCUCACUCUGUCUCCAGGUCAUCUGACCACAGCACACGUCUCAUCUGUGAUGAGCUCAAUGUUGACCCAGUGCAAACUGUGAUAGUUGGCGAUUCGACCAAAGACUUUUCUGUUGGGAAAUCAACAAAUGUACAAAAAAUCGGUGUGUUGUCAGGCGUAGGGUCUAUGGAUGAACUCAAAUGGGUCACAGACUUCGUUGUACCCACAUUGGAUCAUGUGAUUGACUAUCUCAUGGAUGAUCCACCUACUAGGUUCAGACAACAGAAGAUACCGCCUGCGGUCAGGAAGACGAUAGAAGUCGAUCCCCACCGUAGACAUUUCAGCACCACCUGCCAAGUGAGGCCAACUUUCUCCAAAAGUAUACAGGUGAGAAAUGCCUCCACGGUAUCAGGAGGUGGAUCCACAUACGACUACGUCAUCAUUGGUGCUGGCUCGGCUGGCUGUACUCUUACCAAUCGGCUGUCAGCUGACCCUGAAAACAAGGUGUGUGUUCUGGAGGCUGGUCCAAAAGACUACACCUGGAAGAUCCACAUGCCUGCUGCACUCAUGUACAAUCUGUGUGAUGAUAAGUACAACUGGUACUACCAUACCGAACCAGAACCACACAUGAAUAACCGAGUCAUGUACUGGCCACGAGGACGUGUCUGGGGAGGAUCGUCCUCACUCAAUGCUAUGGUCUACAUCCGUGGUAAUGCCGGUGAUUAUGACGGAUGGGAAAAGGCUGGAGCGAAAGGAUGGUCUUAUGCAGAUUGCUUGCCAUACUUUAAAAAAUCUCAGACUCAUGAACUUGGAGAAAAUGACUACAGAGGUGGUGAUGGUCCACUUCAUGUGUCACGUGGUAGGAGCAACAACCCACUGCAUCAGGCCUUUAUAGAGGCAGGUCAGCAGGCCGGCUUCCCUUUUACGGACGACAUGAACGGCUACCAACAGGAGGGCGUGGGGUGGAUGGACAUGACCAUUCACAAAGGUCGACGCUGGAGUGCUGCCAUGGCCAGCCUCAGGCCCGCACUAAAACGUGACAAUGUGACCGUUGAGUCUAACGCACUGUCUACCAGGAUUGUAUUUGAAAACAAGAGAGCCGUCGGUGUAGAGUAUGAGCAGAAGGGUGUUAAAAAGAUUGUACGAGCAGAGAAGGACGUGAUUCUGAGUGGAGGUUCAAUCAACUCUCCUCAGCUCCUCAUGUUGUCGGGUGUGGGCAAUGCAGAUGAACUAAAGGCGCUGGACAUCCCUGUGGUUCAACACUUGCCAGGUGUUGGGGAGAACCUCCAGGACCACCUUGAGGUGUACGUACAGGAAGCAUGCAAGCUUCCCAUCACUCUCUAUUCUGCUCAGUGGAAGUUCCCUCAUAAUAUGAUCCGCAUAGGGCUGCAGUGGUUCCUCACACAGAAAGGUGAUGGAGCUUCUGCACACUUGGAGAGUGGAGGGUUUGUCCCAAGCGAAGAAGGCUUGGAGUAUCCUGACAUUCAAUUCCAUUUCCUACCUUCUGUUGUGCAGGAUCAUGGACGCAAGAACGGCGAUGAACAUGCGUUCCAACUCCAUGUGGGAUCUCAGCGUGGUACAAGUAGGGGUUAUAUCAAACUUAAAUCUGGCAAUCCCAGGGACCAUCCAAAGAUCGUAGCAAACUACCUGUCCACAGAAAAAGAUGUGAGGACAAUGAGAUACAGUGUCAAAGUUGCUAGAGAAGUGUUUAAGCAGAAAGCGUUUGAUCCUUUCCGUGCUGGUCGGGAAUUAUCGCCUGGACCCGAAUGUCAAACAGAUGCCGAGAUUGAUUCCUUCGUCAGGGCUCAAGGCGAUAGUGCUUAUCAUCCAUCAUGUACAUGUAAAAUGGGAUCGGAGCGUGACCCAAUGGCUGUAGUGGAUUCACAAACUCGUGUUUUAGGUGUCGAUAACCUCAGAGUUGUUGAUGCCUCUAUCAUGCCAAAUGUCAUUACUGGGAAUCUUAAUGGCCCUACAAUCAUGCUGGCUGAGAAGGCCGCUGAUAUCAUCCUGGGCAACAAACCACUGCCUCGGUCUACGGCACCUGUGUACAAGAACGAUGUUUAGAUUGUAACUUUCGCCUUCAGUCGCUGUUCAGAGUAACAACAAACAAACUAUUCUGGUGUGCAAUCAAAUGUAAUCCAUACUAUCAUAUGAUCCUGGCUUUAAUGUAAUAUUCUUUUUGGGAUUGAUAUUUCUCUGUCCUAACUUCUGGUUAAGGCCGGUCGUUUAAUUGCUUCUCUGCCUUAAAUACAAACAACGUGACAAUAUGUUAUGAAAAAGCAUGUCGUCUUUAUUCUUUUGGAUUUUAAGCUGAAAUAUUUGCAAUACAAGAUGAAGUUUU